AUGGCUUUCGUUUGUUCGGCGGAGUGCGCUGUACGUUUGGUGUUUGAGGGCGCCUUCUUUAAAGAGUUGUCUCGUCUUGCGCUGGACGGCCCUGAGACUGUUUGCUUCCGUGUCUUGUCCCCCCUCAUCCACGGCUCAGUGCAGCGGGAGCGGUUUUUUGCUGCUGCUUGUUCUGCUGCUGCGGAGUUGCUGUCGCGGCUGCAGCAGCUCGUAGCAAACAAACUCGUCAGCGUUCCUUGGGGACUGGAUUUCGCCCUCAAAGAGCACUAUCCAGAACUCGUUGCACGGCUGAUAGCGGAAGAAGAAGACGUCAUGGAGUGCCAAACAAUGAUUAGGCUGCUCGCUCGCUUGACAAUUGCGCGGCCGUCUGAGUUUGAGCGGCUCUUCAGCUUGCAAGAUGGCGUGCUGCGUAAGAUUGUUGAGGAAGAAGGCAUUGAGUGUUGGAGUAUCCUUUGUUCUAAGCCCGAGAGCGCGGCUGAGCUGGCGGAAAGACUUCCAUCCUGGACGGAUUGUGUUGCGGAGAGCGUGAUGGACGUGGAGGAGGUGUCAGUGGCGGCUCUGCAUGCGUGGGUGUAUGUACUUAAAGAGCUCAAAGAGCCCUCGCGUCUGCCUGAGUCGAUGAGGAAGACAGUGGAAACAAAGCUGGCGUCUAAGGCAAGCACUACAGCUUUUGCUGCUGCUGCUGCUGCUUCAGUGGUCUUUGCUAAUCUGCAUGCUGCUACUGCUGGUGAUGCUGCUGCUACUGCUGCUGCUGCAGCUGCUAAUUCUGCCGCUGCUUCUGCUGUGUCAUUAACAGCUUUUGAUGCCCCUAUGCAGAUGGUGUUUUCCUCCGACAAGUUCCGUCAGUUGAUGCUGGACUCAGCGAGCGACACGGAGUAUGAGGUGAAGGUUGCUAAGCAUGCAUUCGCUGGGGCUGCAUGCGAAGCACAAGGAGAGUGGCUAAGGGAAGCGCUAGAUACAUCUUUCUGGGGAGAGUUCUCUCGCUAUGCUAAGAAGGGGCCUUUCUCAACUUCUUCAGCUGUUCCUGUACAUGCAGGGAGGAAGCAUGAAUUAAAGGGAAAGAAAGGAAGUCGCUAUAACUUCAUCUGCAAUGUGGUGUACAGACACCUCAGCAUGUGCAGAAUACUGCUGGCGAAGCUGAACCGUGGCAGCAACAGCAGGAUUACCUGCAGACGAAGAUCUGCAGCAGCAACAGCUUCCUCAUCGGCAUCUGCAGCAGAAGAAAAUAAAAUGGAGGACUCAACACAGCCGCAGUAUUACUACGAUUCCUCAGCAAACCAGUGGUGGCAGUUUAACACCGCCUUGGGGCAGUGGGAGCUAUGCCCUGAUAGCGAGCAGGGAGAAUCCGCAGCAGCAGUGCAGCCUGAAGAUGUACAGGAGCAGCAGGAGCAGGAGCAGGAGCAGCAGCAACAGCAGCAGCAGCAGCAGCAGCAGCAGCAGCAGCAGCUAGUGGCAGACCACGAGGCCGCUGGGGCUGCUUCUCCCUCACCCAGCAAACAAGAUGCAGGUGCUGCUCAUGAAGCGGAAACAGCAGAAGCAGAUCCAUCUUCACCUGAUGCAGCAGCAUCACCAGCAGCAUCUGACGCAGCAUCAGCACCAGGAUCAGCUGACUUAUCAGCAGAAGCAGCAGCAGACCCAGCAGCAGCAGCAGAUUCAGCAGCAGCAGCAGAAGCACAGAAUGAAAAACAAUCAGGUGCACCUCGUCGUCGCACUACAGCUGUUGUGGCGUUUGCUCCGGGGACUCCAGGAGAGUCUAGCCCCAGCAGAAGCAGCAGUAGCCGGAGCAGCAGCAGCAGCAGCAGCAGCAGCAGCAGCAGCAGCAGGGAGUGGGGGUGGGGUUCUGCUGAGGGGAAGCGUUUGGGUGUAUCUUUAUCAGGGGAUUUAGCUGCAAGAGAAGAAUCAGAGGACGACAAAGACAAAGAAAAAGAAGAAGAAGAAGAAGAAGAAGAUGAUGAAGAAGGAGAUGAAUUGGGUAAUGCCUUAGAAAAACUAAUGACAACAAACUUCUCGAGAAGAUUAAAGAGCACUAGAGGGAGAAGCUCCCUGUCAGAAACAUUUGCAUGGUUAGACAGUGGAGGCCAAUCUAUUCGAGGAAGCCGCGAGAAGGGGGCUUCUAAGCGCAGCAGCAGCAGCAGCAGCGACAGCAGCAGCGGUGGCAGCAGCGACCGAAGCAGCAGCAGCAACAGCAGCAGCAACAGCAGCAGCAGCAGCGAUGAAGACGGCAGCAGCAGCAGCAAAGCAGCAGCGGCAGAACCGAUUGUUAGACGGGUAACACGUAGAAUGACAUUCAAAGAUAUGGGGGGCCUCGCGGGUUGUCUGCAGCGAGCCGUGCAGCUCCGUCAGCAACUCAUAGACACAGAGAAAGGGGGACAUGUACCUGGGGCUGAGGAUUCAGAAACAAAAGAAGAAGCGUGGAAGAUAAGAGCACGAAAUACGGCGAAGACUGCAGGCACAGAGGCGAGAGAGAGAGCGAAGAGCCUCUGGAGAACAGCAGCAGCAGCAGCAGCAACAACGCAUCAGCAGCAGCAUGACCAACACCAGCUGCAACAGCUGCAGAUGCAGCAGCAGCAGCAACAACAGCAACAGAUAAGAGGCUCGCAUGCAGCUUCACAGCGAUUCGCAGAUAUCGUAGCCCUCGCUGCGGCUGCCAGGGCAAAGCAUGGAGGCAGACGACAGGAAGACCGUGAUGUGCUGGAAGCAGCAGCAGCAGCAGCAGCAGCAGAUUCUUCAAUAGCUUCUCUAUUAUCUGUGCCUUCUUUAUGGGAGAAGAGGAGGAGCAGCAGAGACGCCACUCCUGCUGCUGCUCCUGCUGCUGCUCCUGCUGUUGCUGCUGCUCGCAACGCCUUCAGCCCUGACAGCAGCAAAGACCCCUCUUUGAACACGCUUGCCUUUACGGGGUUAUCCAGCAGCCCGCAUCGAAGAUAUACCGUUGCUGCUUCCUCUCCUGCUGCUGCUGCUGCUGCGCCCGCUGCUGCUGCUGCUGCCCCUCGAUCGCAAGUUCAGUCGCCACGCUCGAGGCCGCGGUAG